ACUUCUCCUUUUUUGAAAACACACUCUUUCUCUACUGCACCAUGACUCUCAUCUCCCUGCUUCUUCUGGUUGUUCUGCUGCCGUACCCAGGACACUCUGCUAGUGUUCGUGAUGGUAUAGUAAACGGCACGGAGGCUAAACCACACUCCAGGCCCUACAUGGUUUCUGUCCAAAUAGAUGAAAAACACCAGUGUGGUGGAUUCCUUGUGUCUGAAAGCUUUGUCAUGACUGCUGCACACUGCUGGAAAAACAGAAAAGUAACCUUUACAGCAGUGGUUGGAGCUCAUGAUAUCUCAAACAAGAAUGAAGGUUCUAUUCGCUUUCCAGUGGAGAAGUAUGCAGUCCAUCCUCAGUAUCAGGAUGAUGAAACAUAUGACUAUGAUAUCCUGCUUUUGAAGCUAAAAGGAACAGUCAUAAAGAGUGAAAGAGUCAAAUGGAUCUCCAUCCCUGCACAAAAGGAGGACAUCCCUGCCAACUCUGUCUGCAGUGUAGCUGGCUGGGGACGAACAGGAACCAAGAAAUCUGGAAGUCACUGUCUUUUGGAGACAAAUACCAAGAUCAUGGACAAGGCAAGAUGUACCAGUCUCUGGGACACACCUAUAACCCCAAGGAUGGUUUGUGCACAACACCCUGGAGGACCUUGCUGGGGAGAUUCCGGCGGUCCUUUGGUGUGUGACAGUGUUGCAGUUGGUAUCGUUUCAUUUGGUGACGCGAACACGUGUGACAAACCCAUCCAGCCUGAAGUUUAUACCAAAAUAUCUGAGAUUCUUCCCUGGAUCAAGUCCAUAAUUAACUCUUAAAGCAAAAUGGUGCAUUUGUCUCAUUUCAGUUUAAUAAAAGCAUUUCCCAAGCAUA